AUGCCUGUAAUAGAUGGAACACAUGUUAUUUCUAUGAAAAAUUAUACUUUAGUUAGUGAUGCAUAUGGUGAAAAAGGAGUAAAGAAAGUUUAUGAAGAUGAAUAUUUGAUAUGUGAAAAUUUAAAAAGUUUUAAUAAAAACUUACAUCCUAAUUUCAACUUUGCUUGUUUUUGUUUAUUUGAUGGGCAUAAUGGAAAAAGUACAGCCAUGUUUUUAAAAAGAAAUUUAGCACAAGAGUUAUCAAAUAG